AUGCGUGGACGACAUAUGACACAUCGCCCGAUUUCACGUCGCACGCUCGCGCACGCGCAGAGACCGGAACGGCUAGCGUGGCCAGUUUCCGGUGUGGCAGAGCCGGGGCCCGGGGCGCGCAGAGAUGUCGUACGUGUACGCGAUGACGAUCGCUUGUCAUGUUUGACCGUAUCGCCGCAGUUGCGUGCACGAUCCGGUGAUAGGGUAUCGUCGCGUAUCCUCGCAGGACCGAUCCCACCGUCCGAUUCGUCGCGUUCCUCGGUCCCUGCGGUGCUGAAGGUGCUCGCGCAACCCGCAGGCAUGCAGUUUUACAAGAAGGUGCUGUCGCCCGGCCAGCUGAAACGGUUGAGCGAGCACAAGUACAGUUGCACGAGCAAGAGCAUCCUGGACAGCCUCCUGCAGCCCUGGUGGAACUGGCUGGUCAGCAAAGUACCGCUCUGGCUCGCGCCCAACCUCAUCACCGUGCUCGGGCUCAUCGUCAACAUCGUCACCACUCUGAUCCUCGUCUACUACAGUCCGGACGCGAGGGCAGAGCCUCCUAGAUGGGCAUGUUUUUUAUGUGCUCUUGGUCUGUUUGUAUAUCAGAGUUUAGACGCUAUUGAUGGUAAACAGGCCAGGAGAACUGGUACAUCUACACCAUUGGGUGAACUGUUUGAUCAUGGAUGUGAUUCAAUAUCAACAGUGUUUGUUGCUUUGUCAGCAUGUAUAGCGGUACAAUUAGGAUACUACCCAACAUGGAUGUUUUUCCAGUGUUUCUGCGCAAUGACGCUAUUCUACUGUGCUCAUUGGCAAACUUAUGUUUCAGGUUCCUUAAGAUUUGGUAAGGUGGAUGUAACAGAAGCACAAUUUACUAUCAUAGCUAUUCAUCUGAUUUCUGCUAUCUUUGGCCCACAGAUCUGGAUGCUGGAGAUACCAUUUUUAGUAGAUGGCUUUAUGUUUAAAUAUUUAUUAGGAGUUAUGACAGUGGUGUGUGCACUGGCAAAUUUGUAUUCCAUAUUUUCGGUGAUUUUCACCGGAGGAGUGGGCAAGAAUGGUUCCACUGUGGCUAUCCCUGUGCUCGGUGUAGGCACACUCAAUAACUACAUAGCAGUGCUCUUUUAUGCAGGCUUCAUUAAGGUGUUCCUUGAAUUCUGUAAAGUCUUUGAAUCUGGUGGGAUUGGAAAAAAUGGUUCCACAAUUGCAUUGCCAUACACUGGCACAGAGGUGAAGGUGUUUCCGUUAUGGGCUGCUGUGGGCAUCGCUAUUUUACUUGCACAGAGCAGCAUAUCCGUCAUUCUCGCCGGUGGUGUCGGAAAAAAUGGCUCCACCGUCGCAGGAACAUCUGUCUUAUCGCCAAUUAUACCAUUUAGUUUCGUGAUAGUGCCAGCUUUUAUAAUAUAUAGAAAAAGCGCUGAGCACGUCUAUGAAAAUCAUCCAUCCUUGUAUAUACUUGCAUUUGGGAUGGUUGCAGCCAAAGUUACCAACAGAUUAGUGGUUGCUCAUAUGACCAAAAAUGAGAUGCAAUAUUUGGACAGUUCUUUAUUUGGCCCAGCUAUGUUGUUCCUUAAUCAAUAUUUCAAUUUUUUCAUCAAGGAGUAUUACGUUCUUUGGAUGUGUUUCAUCUGGGUUACUUUGGAUCUUUUCCGAUAUAGUGCUCAAGUAUGCCUUGAAAUAUGUGAUCACAUGAAGAUUAAGUUAUUCAGGAUACCAUGCGAUCAUCAUACAAUCACUACUCAGAUUUCUAACGUCACCGAGAAAAAUGUUCACAUGAUGGUGGAAGAAGAGCCGCUGUUAGAUGAGGAACAUCAUAACGGAUCUGAUGCGACUGUCGACCUCUGAUAUUAGCGAUAAUAUUAAUAUUGUUAGAUCAGCCUUACACUCCACGACUCAAAACGCAAUAACGCCAAAUUGGUUGUAAUAGGCGAGAUAAUAAAGCAUCGCGUUAAUUAUCGUCCGAUAAUAUUACGAAACAACAACUGCGGAAAUAUACGUGGCGAUACAUGAGGAGUAGUAAUUUGUCUGUGUCGAAUGCACGAGGAUAUCUUGUUGAUGUGGUUGCGUAUAAAAAAAGAGGUAUCUCUCGCAUUCUUUUUAUAAGGUAAUUAUUAAUAUUAUUUUAAUAAUGCGAUCGAAUAUGUAUAUAUAUGCAAAGAAUGAAAAAAAAACGGUACAAAAGUGUUAGCGAUACAGUUGAAUUGCCGUCGAUGACAAAGAUUCGAUAUGUUUGUAAUAAUUAUCAGGGUGCAUUUACGAGUAAAAUCAUUUUUUUUAAUUACGUAAUAUUAUACGUAAGCUUGUUAUAUCGGUAUUAUACUAAAGGAUACUACUUAAACAGUUGCAUAGAAGCGAAAAGAUAUAUUUCGCCCUCUCGUGCUUUAUUCAAAGAGAUUCAAUCUUUGAAAUAGCGAAUUUGAAGAUACUUGUAAGAAUGCUAUAGUUGUAUUCUGACAGAAAUUCUUUGUACUUUGAUAUGAAUGAAUAUAAAUGAAUUGUCGCAUCGAGUUUGUCGAAAGAAAAUAUUUGAAUCUUUGAGAUAAGACAUUGAUAUGUUUAAUUUCUUAGGUGAAUUAAUAAGUAUUAAUUAAGUCUGAUGAAAUAUAAGAUUAGAAAUAAUGGAAAUAAUAUUUGAUUAAAUAUUAAAAUAAUACUGGAUCUAAUGGCUCGCCGUUUUAAUAUCGCUCGUAAUAGGAUUAAUUUUUUUUAC